AUGGAAGCGACGGCUCUCAGACGCUCCGCGGCUCUCGUAGCUCGCGCCAGCACCCAGAAUGCGAUCCGGCCAGCCGUAUGCGCCGCCAUCACCAGCAGCAGCACAGCAUCACCACCACAGACCCAGAUCCAGACACAUCAACAAACAAGACAAUUCUCCGCCCUCAACCGGCCACCACCAAAUUACCCUGGCCAUGUCCCUCUCACUCGCCUCGAGCGGUUCGGCCUCUUCGUCGGCUCAGGCCUCAUCUCCCUCGCCGACCCACGGCGCGGCGACCUAAUAGCCUCCUUCGCCGAAGCCACCGCAACCCCCUACUUCAUCUACCGCUUGCGCGACGCCAUGCUCUCGCACCCCACGGGGCGGCGCAUCCUGCGUCUCCGGCCGCGCAUCACCUCGCAAUCGCUCAACAUCCCGUACCUGCGCUCGCUGCCGCCCAACACGGUCGGACGGACCUACAUCGACUGGCUGGACCGCGAGGGUGUCUCGCCCGACACGCGGUCGGCGGUGCGCUACAUCGACGAUGAGGAGUGCGCGUACGUGAUGCAGCGGUACCGCGAGUGCCACGACUUCUACCAUGCGCUGACGGGCCUGCCGAUCGUGCGCGAGGGCGAGGUGGCGCUCAAAGCGUUCGAGUUCGCCAACACCCUGCUGCCCAUGACGGGGUUUAGCGUGUUUGCGGCGUUUACCAUGAAGAAGAGCGAGCAGAAGCGGUUCAGGGACAUUUACCUUCCCUGGGCGGUCAAGAAUGGCCUCAAGGCCAAGGAGGUGAUUAAUGUGUUUUGGGAGGAGGAGCUGGAGAGGGAUGUGGAUGAUUUAAGGAGGGAGCUGGGCGUGGAGCCGCCACCGGAUUUGAGGGAGAUUAGGAAGAGGGAGAGGGAGGAGAGGAGGAGGAGGAAGGAGAUGGAGAGGAUGAUGAGUGGGAGCGGACGCGGUGGGCCGGAGGAUGAUGUCCUUCUAAAGGCGGAGAAGGAGGCGGAGGUGGUAGCGGAGAGGGUGAAAGAGAUGAAGGAUGAGGUUGUUGAGAAGGUUGGGGAGGUGGUUGGGUCUUCGUCUAUGAAGGUAUAG